UGUGUAUUUUAUCGUUACAUAUCCAUUUUAGGGAUAUAAAAAAUUUGUUGUAUGGCAAGUCUACCCAAAGCAAAAACAGUGAGGCCUUUUGCCUAUGGAGAAACUUUAAAACUCAUCUGUUCUUUCAUGAGAAAUAUGAUAAGUUCUGCAACCAAUCUUCUCAUUAAAAGGAAGCAUUUUAAUGCUUUCGUCAAAAAGUCUAUUAAUAGAUAGUAGUCUAACCUCUGAUAUCACCUCAUUUUAUGUGCUUUCAUAUGAAAAUGAACACUAAACUUGGACAGUGUGGUGUUAUUAUGAAAGCUAAUAUCUAGUUGGGCCUGGGGGUUGGGAUAUUAUGAUAGUCUAGUCAAGGCCCAUCGAGAGGGAUCUCUGCUAUGUUUGAUCAUUGAGCUUAGACUCUAUGAGCUAGUUUUGAGAAUAUGAACUGGGCCGGCGUCUGGCAUGUUUGAUAUCGCUUUCUUAAACCGCAGAAAAGCACCGGAAGGCAUUUCAUUGAAUGUUUUCAAGAAACUGUAUUUGAAACUUAUUUCAGGAACAAGUGCUGAUGUUUUCCAAAACAAUCAAAACUAAAACAAUGUGUAAAAUCGAAAAACUGAAAUAUCGUGGAAAGUUGUUAGCCUUGAGUUUUGUGGAUAGGCCUAGAAGGACCUGAUAUGCUCGGGGGGGUCACAGAAUGUUCUUCCACUGGCAAUGGUGGAAGACAAUCCACUGUACUCCUUUCCUAUUGCCGACAAUUCUCACUAUAUUGAAUGGCACUUGAACGUGCCCAUCUCCUGCCAUGGGGAAGUGGACACUGUGGGGGGACCCUCCCAAAGAAAUUAUGGGUUUGUUAGACUUUGUACGUUCUUUUGCCAGUUGGGUCCAACAUGAAAGUGAAGAACUUGCAAAAUCCUUACACCAGUAUAUCUUAUCAUCUAGUCUUUUGACAUCGCAUGCUCUCAUCGCAGAGCCAAAGGACAGUACUGUGCAUGAGACUCUUACAAUUGCAGUAUCUUGCUCUUUAUCGCUACAAUGGAGAUGAGUUCAUGAUAGGAAAACUACCAGCUCGAUCAUAAGACCGAAGCCAUGCUGAAGCUGAUCGAGGAAGAUGCCGACUCCUUUGCAAAGCGUGCAGAGAUGUACUACAAGAAGAGGCCGGAGCUGAUCAGCCUGGUACAGGACUUCUACCGGGCGCACCGGUCACUGGCAGAACGCUACGAUCAGAUCAAGUCCGAGAGCUCAGCCCGUCUCCUGACCACCUUGGGGUCCCCUUUCUCUGGCGAAAAGUCCCGCCAGGAGAAGCCUGUCCCGACUCCCAUUGUUGACAAGAAUUACGACAGCUACUCCGAAUCCUUCGACCAUGACGAGAAUGCUGAGUCAGAGGUCGAGGACCCCGACGAAGAUAACGGAUCCGAUGGCCCAGAAGUGGAAACGCCUCGCGCACUCCCUAAGCGAGAGCAGGCCCGCAUAGGGAGACUGGCUUCUCCCGGUCGGACAAUCAAGGAGGACGACGGUGAGGAACUGAGGAAGUUGAGGGAUGAGAUUGAGAGGCUGAGCAAGGAGAACCGGGCCCAAAGGGAGCAACUGGAGCAGAAAGAUGAGGAGAAGAGGGAGGUCAUAAGGCAGCUGAGCUUUGCUGUGGGAAUGCUGAAGGAGGAGAAUGCCAGUCUUAGGAAAUCUGUAAAUAAGGUGACCAAGAAGAGGGGCAACUUUGAGGUCAACAACAACAAUAAGGUUAAGGGAGGCUUUCUUAGUAAGUUGUUCCAUGGGUCUUUCUUGAAUUCCCAAGAAACUCUCGUGGCUCUGUAGCUGUAGUUGUAGUAGAAUAUAGUUAUAUAUAUUAUAUAUAUAUAUAGAUGUAUGUGUGUGUGCAUAGGCUUUAUAUGAAGUGGAAGUCUGUAGAUUUACUAUCAUAAUAGGUGAUUUUGGCUGUUGUAAGGGUAGUGUCCUAAUGGGUGUUUUUUAGCUUGUGUCUUAGUAUAAGCAAAUUCACGGUGGCUUUUCAGGAUAAACUGGAGAUUAAAGUAUUUUGUAGCUCCUGUUGGUUCCGUUUAUCCAUAUAUGGUUUAUUUGGCUUUUGUCAAA